GCGCGCAGUCAGCCAAUCGGAUUAUGCCAUGUUGGGACCUUUCAACCAAUCGCAGCCCACAGCGAGGAGGAAAACUUAGAUGAUUCUCUGGGUGUAAAUUGUUGCGUGUCGCGUUGGGAGAAAUACAAGUGGGAAGUGAGGAACAAUAGAGCUGGCUGUUUCCGGGAGGCGCCAACAUUCCCGAGCAACUUUCGUGCUGUCGUUGUGCAUAGCGAUAGUCAGCCAGGCACACAGCUCAUUGUUGCCGCACACAGCCCAUCCAGUUCACACUAGCAGCUGGUUUUGUGUCAGGAGAGUUUUCGGCGAGAUCACCGAAGAGGGAGAAUCAAGCUGCCGGCGUCCUGUUGUCAAAUGAUUUGCAUAAGGACUUCCGCCCCCUGAAUUUAGUUUCUGCAUCAAACUGGCAAAGACAGUGGGCAGACCUGAGCCCUCAAGUCAGGCGCAGUCAUGCGGACUUGACAUUUAAACUCGGUUAAUAUUUGGACAUGAACGGCACACGCGUGUAUUUCGGAUGGUCCCGAUGGAUUUGGAUUAACCGGCACACUGGGAUCUGACACUUUCAUUCUCAGAGGCGUUUACUAUGCUGUACAUCUGCCGGCUCUUGUGGUGGAUAUACAGUGACUAUUUGCUGUUACUUUCAGCGUAGAACUGGAAUAUUGCAUUGGACUCAUUGGGGUAUUCUGUUGCAGCAAAAUGCGCGUUCUCAUCUCCUCUCAAACAGGGGAUUCCUCGUCUGUUUGGAUCCUAAAGUAGGAUACAGCCAGAUCCUCCAACCCAGUCCAGGAUCUGAUGUCUAUUUCAAUGUGUCAUAUUAGAAGAGCUGACCAUCUCUUUUGGAUGGAGUUUUACCUCGCGAUCUUCUUUUGACGUCUUGGACAGCUUGGAUGCAUUUUAGAUCGUUUUUAAGCUUGGAUUACUUCCUUUUUGGCUGCGUUUUUACAGCUUCUGCACACCAUGACUUUCUUGUCCGGGGCAGCGGUUCUGUUGCUGCGUGGACUCGUCAUCUCUGCGGUAUUGGGCUUAGAGGGUUCAUACACGAGUCAUUUGUCGAACCGAGUCACUCCUGAUCCAGCAGCAGUAGCAGCCGCUGUUGCUCCUACAGACCCGUGUUUGACAGUCAUCCCUCCAUGUAUGAAUGAAGCCGACCGCUUCAGUUUAGAAGCACUUCGGCACAUUCACAAGCAGCUAGAUGACGACAACGAUGGAGGAAUUGAAGUGAAUGAGAGUGUAGAGUUUAUCAUAGAGGACAUGAAGCAGCAGCAGACCAAUAAACACAGUAAUCUUCACAGAGAGGACCAGCACAUCACAGUGGAGGAGCUGUGGAGGGGCUGGAAAAUAUCAGAAGUGCACAACUGGACACUGGAGGAUGCAGUUCAGUGGCUAAAAGAAUCCGUAGAGCUUCCUCAGUAUGAAAAAAACUUCAGAGAGUUUAAAGUAGAUGGCAACACGCUACCUCGAAUAGCGGCCAAUGAACCGUCGUUUAUGUCAAUGCAGCUAAAGAUAUUAGACCAACGACAUAAACAGAAAUUAAAUCUAAAAGCAUUGGAUGCAGUGCUCUUUGGACCUCCACUACGUCCUCACCAUCACUGGCUGAAGGACUUUGUUUUGAUGAUUUCAAUCAUCAUUGGUGUGGGAGGCUGCUGGUUUGCAUACAUACAGAACAAAUCAUCUAGAAUUCACAUCUCUCAGAUGAUGAAAGAUCUGGAGAGUCUACAGCAUGCUGAACAGAGCCUGAUAGAGCUACAGAGCCGGCUGGAAAAGGCUCAGGAGGAGAACCGGACAGUGGCGGUGGAGAAGCAGAACCUGGAACAGAAGAUGCGUGACGAGAUCAACGGAGCAAAGAGAGAAGCCAGCAGACUGCGAGAGCUGCGAGAGGGGGCUGAAUGUGAACUCAGCAGACUCAAGUACGCAGAGGAGGAACUAGUGCAGGUGCGAAUGGCACUGAAGAGAGCUGAGAAAGAGAUGCAGUCAGAUUGGUCGGUGCCAGAAGCCCUGCAGAUGUGGCUUCAGCUCACACAUGAGGUGGAACUGCAGUACUACAACAUUAAAAAACAGAAUGCUGAGCUGCAGCUCACGGUCGCAAAGGACGAAGCCGAAAAGAUCAAGAAGAAGAGGAACUCUGUGUUUGGUACCCUCCAUGUUGCACACAGCUCAUCUCUGGAUGAAGUAGACCACAAAAUACUUGAGGCUAAAAAAUCUCUAUCAGAGGUCACAGCCUGUUUGCGUGAACGUAUUCAUCUUUGGCGGUGGAUGGAGAUAGAGAAGAUAUGUGGCUUUCCAGUGGUUAAUAACUCUGGGCUGCCCAGCCUCACCGCCUCCCUGUACGCUGACCACAGCUGGGUGGUCAUGCCGCGGAUGUCGGUGCCCCCCUACCCAAUCGCUGGCGGGGUGGACGAUCUCGAUGAGGACACACCACCAAUCAUUCCACAGUUCACCUCUCCUUUGAUUCGACCUCCUCUGACCCGCAACAGCAGUGUUUGUCGUUCUCGCAGAAGUCUUCUCUCUCAGCCCUCGUCCCUUUCUCCUGACCCUGACCUGUUGUCUAUGGCCUCGGCCCCACUGGCCUACAGACCCGAGGGAGACGAUGAGCACAUCUUCUUCACUGUUGAAAGGAAAGGGGAUCUUCAGGACACAUGCUCAGAUUCAGAUUCUCUCAGUUCCUCUUUGGGCAGGAAGCAGUUCUCCGGUCCCUCUGUUCAAAGUACAUGUGCUACAGGCAUGGAGACCCCACCACGUAAAAUCUCUCGUGAGGAACUUCUUCUCCUGGCGCAGGAGGCGCAGGCUGUCGCCAUGGAGACCUUACCUUCUACCACAUCCUCCCCUUCAUCUCCUCUUGACUCCUCCUCCAUUCACAAGGGCUCUCCUGACCUUACCCGCUCUUCUGUCCUCCCAGAAUCUCAAAGUUUAAUCUUUCAUCCUGGCACCAAAUCUGUGGCCUAUAAUGGCAUUCUGGAAAAGUCAUACAGCAUGGGGCAGCUGUCCGCUGGUGGGAUGCCUCCAGGGGGACAUUACCCUUCGAUUAGCUCACUCGACAUAGAAAGCAAAUCUAUCAAGGAGCCCAAGCAACCCCAACCCACCUCCUCCCAGGACUUUUGCGACAACGGAGAGAAAAAACGCUCCAAGAUCAAGAGCUUGUUCAAGAAAAGCAAAAAGCUGUGAGGAACAGUAGAGAAGAGGAAGAAACGGAGAGAAAAAGAAGCCUUAAAACAAAAUAAAUGAGGGUCAACCAGAAGCCAAAACAUUUUUUAGUUUCUUUGUCAUUUUUUAUUUUUUAUUUUUUUAAAUUUAAAUGGAAUGUAGCUUCACCUGGGUACAGUCCUGGGUUGGAAGCCUUUUUAUGGUGAUUUUUUUAGCCUCACACUUAUGCCUUUGAAGGCCAAAAAAUGUCAUGUUAGCAUUUUGCAGAACAUCUCCUCUUCACAUGUCUUCUGUUCAUACUCCAUUUUCUAU